AGGGCCACAUGAGUGGGGGAGGAGCUGGCGGAUAGCGUCGGUGAGGGGAGGGGGGAGGUAAACAAAAUGGCGGUGGCGUGUUAGUUGCGGCGGCGGCAGGCAGGCGCUGAGAGGGCGCGACGGCGGCUUGGCGCGGCGAAGGGAGGGCGAGCAUCCACCGGCCCCCCCCACGCCCACAGCCGGCCCCGCAGGAGGGGCAGCCCCACCCCCCUCCCCAGCCCCCCGGGGGAGAGGCCCCCCCAGCAACGCGCUCGCCCCCCAGCGAAGGGGCCGGGCCCUCUUUCCCUGUGGGGCGAGGGAGGCCUACCCCGGAAACAGGCCUGGUAUUUAUUGGCGGGGGGGGGAGGGAGGAGUGAAGCCUGAGGGAAGCCCAGUUGUGUGGUGAGAAAGAAGAGGGUGUCAGUGUGGUAGGCAGCUGGUCCGAGGGAAGAGGGGGGUGGCUGCCACUGACACUAGCUGGCCCCUCCUUCCCCUCCCAGUGGGGGUUUUAGAGUGUGUGUGUGUGUUGCGAAGGGGUAGGUGUGUGUGUGUGUGUGUGUGGUAUAUUGGGAGAGGUGGAGGCAUCAGGUCUUGGGAGUGUGGUGGGACACUGCAUAGCCUCUUCCCUACUUGGGGGGUGCUUCUGUUUUGGGUGGGCCUGCAGAGCAUCUAUUGGGUACCACCAGAAUGUGUGUGUGCCUCUGUGAGGCACCCCAGCAGGUUGAUAUUUUUGGGGAGGAAGCGGUGUCCAUUAAUUAAUUAAUCAAUCAAUUAAUUGUUUGCCACUCACGUGCAAAGGAUAGCUUCCCCUUGACUUCCUGCCCUUUUAAGCCUCCUUUUGUCUUCCCCGUUUGGUGUAGAAAGAAGUGUAACCAUUAAUUAAUUAAUUAAUCAAUUAAUUAAAGGCCAUUAAUUAGCCUUUUCCCUCUUCGCUGUUUGCAGCUCGGAGAGAGAUUUAGUAUAUCUGAGUGACCCUCAGUUACAUUAGGGGAGAAGUGUGGCCAUGAAUUGCCCUCCCUUAAUUUGGGGGAAGAAUACCAAUUAGUGACUCUUUUAGAAAAAGAGAGGUUCUUCCCUCUUUCUGCUUGGUUUCUUGUCAAGUUUGCAUCCUCCUAUUUGGGACAAGUUUGGGAAGAAGUUUUUAAAAUGUAAAUAGGGCCAUCUCUUAAUUAAUAUCCUAGCCUCCUUUUGGUGCCAAUUAGCAACACUGCUGGCAGGGAAAAAAGCUCCUUCUGUUCUCCUGUUUCUGCUUGUUUGGGUGAUUUCUUCUGUUAGGGACAGGUUUUCUUCUCUUGUCUUGUUCACAAGAAUUCCUCCUUCACUAGUUCUUGCAGGAAGCUGUCAUCUUUGGUGUGGUCUCCAUCAAUUGAGUCCCAUCCAAAGAAGGGGUUCUUGCCCUCUUAAUAGCUUUUUAACCCAUUGGAGACUGAAUUAUUUUGGGGAGCAGAGGUGGUGGGUAACAUCUCUUUUUCUCUUAGUGAGUGUUGGGCACCUUUCUAUACUACUGACUCUCUCCCCCUGCCCCAAUUGUAGAGGAAGUGACUGUUUUUCUGUUAAGUGGUGCCUGGGGUGUUAACUGCAUUCUUCAUUAACUUGAGGUAGGUGAGAAGUUACCUUCCUUUUUAUUGAGUGGAAGCUCAGUUUCCUGAUCCCUUAUUUAUGUGGGUCCUGAGUAGCUGAAAUAGGCUUUAACGGGGUUUUGAGGCUGAGGGUGGUGGAAGAAGGGGCCCAUUAGUAACUUGGUAGGAGGGGAAAUGGGAAGAAAAGGCCAACUUCCCCAUUCAGAUUCUCCCCGCCUGUUUGACUGGUGCCUUGCUCCCUGAGUACCAAUCAAGAGGGCAACGGUGCAGUUGUCUCUCAAGGAAAGAGUCCAGUUUCCUACCCUGUUUGCCACUCAUGUGCAAAGGAUAGCUUCCCCUUGACUUCCUGCCCUUUUAAGCCUCCUUUUGUCUUCCCCGUUUGGCUUAGAAAGAAGUAUAAACAUAAGUGCAGGUGGAGAAAGGGAAUAUUGCUUCGAAGAGGCCAGCUAGGUGAGGCGAUUGGCACAAUUGGGGUCUGUCUCUUUUUGAGUGAUGUGUGUAUGACACUGGAGUUAAGUGUGAUUGAAAAGUUGAGGCUUCUUCCUAAGUCUAGGGUGCCCUCGGGCUGCUUCCCUUCUUUGAGGUAGCUGCUAGAUUUGGAGGGGCCCUGUCAACUUCUUCAGCUUGCCCAAAGAUACCUUGUUCAAACCAGCCAGCCUGCCCAGUUCAGUGCAACUUGAAAAGGGUUUGCGCUGCCUGCCUGCCUGGAUACCUGAAGCCGUGGGGUGACACAUCAUGUGUCAGGUAGACCCCAGGUGUUUGAAGGAUGCCCCUGGAAGUAUUCACUAGACACGGAAGGCCUCAAACCUUUGUCAAGGACAAAAGAGAAGCUGCGAAAAUCAGUAUUGAAACUUCCUUCAAAGAGACUUGGUUCCAGCUUCCCAACGGCUGAGAGGACUCGCGACAGACUUCGUACCUGGGUGGUGGAAGACAGGAGCCUCAGCCCUGUGCUUCUCCGUUCUGGAGCUGGGAGCCCCCGUGACUUCCUAGCAAUGGAAAAUCCUUGAGGACUAGACUACUGCUUUGAUUUCAGGGAAGUCUUUUAAAGAUGACUUAGGUCUCAACAAAGCAAAGAGCUGGGACUUGCUAAGGAAACCAAGCUGUUGAGAGACGCUUGGAACAGCAGGGCGAGAUCAGAAAGUUAGCCAACUGUAAACUACGAAAGACAACCCCCCCCCACACACACACAUACGCACAUCCUCUUUUAAAGAGGCACUAUAGUAUUGGAACGAGGUGUUGCCUCUCUUUAGGACCCUCCUGGUUCAACAGAAACGUUCUUGCAGGUUGUUGUGUGUUUUUUAAUUAAACGUUUGUACAAUCUUCUGGAAAGUUCCUUACCUCUGCUGAAAACUCCUUGCCCUCCCCCUUAAAAAGAAGAGCUGGGAGUAAAAGGGAGCGUUGGUUACAUCAGGAACUGGAUUUAUAAAUAUUUGGUGUGCGCUGACUGGCAUUGGAGGAAAUCGACUGGGUUGCAUUGUUUGAUCCAGGAUGGAUCUGGAUGAAUCCCAGCAGCUGGGCAUGUUUGUCGAAAGUGAGUUGAUGUCUGUGGGGAUGGACACUUUCAUUCACCGCAUCGACUCGACAGAAGUGAUCUACCAGCCCCGCCGGAAGAGGGCCAAGCUGAUUGGCAAGUACCUGAUGGGGGACUUGCUCGGGGAAGGGUCUUAUGGAAAGGUCAAAGAGAUGUUGGAUUCCGAGACGCUUUGUCGGAGGGCAGUCAAAAUCCUGAAGAAGAAGAAGCUGCGUCGGAUCCCCAACGGAGAAGCGAACGUUAAAAAGGAAAUCCAGCUCCUCCGGCGGCUACGGCACAAAAACGUCAUCCAGCUCGUUGAUGUGUUGUACAACGAAGAGAAGCAGAAGAUGUAUAUGGUGAUGGAGUACUGUGUGUGCGGCAUGCAAGAGAUGUUGGACAGCGUCCCAGAAAAAAAGUUUCCAGUCUUUCAGGCGCACGGGUACUUUUGCCAGCUUAUAGAUGGGUUGGAAUACCUGCAUAGUCAAGGAAUCGUCCACAAAGAUAUCAAACCGGGAAACCUCCUGCUAACAACCAAUGGGACGCUGAAGAUCUCCGAUCUGGGGGUGGCAGAGGCCUUGCAUCCGUUUGCUGAAGAUGACAUGUGCCGAACGAGUCAGGGAUCACCCGCUUUCCAGCCGCCGGAAAUCGCCAACGGCCUCGAUACCUUUUCUGGCUUCAAAGUGGAUAUUUGGUCAGCAGGCGUCACGCUAUACAACAUUACAACAGGUCUUUAUCCCUUUGAGGGCGAUAAUAUUUAUAAGUUAUUUGAAAACAUCGGGAAAGGGGACUACACAAUUCCAGAGGACUGUGGUCCUCCGCUCUUUGAUCUGCUUAGAGGAAUGCUUGAAUACGACCCAGCCAAGCGGUUUUCAAUACAACAGAUAAGGCAUCACAACUGGUUUCGGAAGAAGCAUGCUCAGUCCGAACCUCUGGUCCCCAUCCCUCCCAGCCCAGAGACCAAGGACCGGUGGCGGAGCAUGACGGUGGUGCCUUACUUGGAAGACCUGCAUGGCUACAACGAGGAGGAAGAAGAGGAUUUAAAAGAUGAUUACUUGGAGGACGAGUUCAUCUACACUCAGGACUUCACUGUGCCAGGUGCAGACGAGGCAGGGCUUAGAGAGGAGGAGGAGAGCGCAGUGCAGGAAGGAAUGCUUGCGUACCUGUUCGGAGAAGGAAGCUUGGAGACCAGCACAGAGGAAGACGGAGCGUGUAGCUUAGUGUGUGAGCACCAGCCAGCCAGCCGCAGCCAGCGAAGGAAGCGAGGAGGAGAGAAUACAAGACAGGUGCAUGACGACGACGCGAGGCAAAACGGACAGAGCCGCAGCCGAGGGCUGCCCAAGCCGGUGUGCAUGAACGGGACGGAGCCGGGCCAGCUGAGUGGCAAAACGAAAGCCGAGCCGCGGAGGGCCAGCGCCUCCUCCAACCCUUCCCGCAAGGCGGCCUCUGCCACCAGCAAGAUCCGCAAGCUCUCCACCUGCAAGCAGCAGUGACCCAGGCCUGCCCGCCUGCCCCAGCCAACCCCGAAUCGGCCUGGUGUCCUCGGCUCGGCGGCUCCCGCCUGGCUCAUCUUCGUCUCUCUCUCUCUCUCUCUCUCUCCCUCUCCCAGUGGCGGACGAUCCAUUGAACACGCUUGCAAUCAAAUGGGUGGGGGGGACAACUCCCCCCCACCCCGCCCUCCUUUAUUUGAAAAAGAGACAGACCCGAGGCACGGUCCCCUGUGGACUCCCACAGACUUGCUUUCACCGCCGCCGUCGGCAAAGGCCUGCUUUGGGCAAGCGGAAGCCAAGAGCCUCUCUGUGUCCUGCUGCGAUGCCCUCUGGCCGGCUGACCCACGGACACGCCCCCCCUCUCUCUUUUUUCCCUGGGAGGUUGUGGUGCAGGGGUGGGGGGUGAAUUCGGGGGCAGAGGUGGAAGGGGGCCCAGGGUCUCCGCCCCCUCGCACCUUCCUGGGUGUCAGUUUUUUCCAAGCCAUCGCCCAUGCACUUUAUGUAGUAACUACUGUUAAAUAUAUAUUAUAUAUUAUAUUUUUUUUUCCUUUCUCUCCACUCCUUCCCUGUUUGAUUUAUAUUUGCAGUAUCUUUAGAGACCUUCCUUCCACCUUGUGAUGUGUUUUGGGGUUUUGUUUUCGUUCUUGGUUUUCUUCAGACACAGGCAGAAGAACAUUUGAGAGAGGGAUUUAAGGAAAAAAAUAUAAUAAUAAGCAGGUAUUAUAAAUCCACCACACUCUACGAAAAACAACUGCAUGCUGUUUAUAAGGCCUGGAGCAAAGGGAAAUGAGUGCUUUUUUCUUUUCUUUUUUUAAAGAAAAUAAACUGAAAACGAC